AUGCUUAAGCAGCUCUCUAUUGCCGCCGCCCUCGCGGCUGCUGCCGUCGCGCAGAACACUCCCAGUCUCGCUGACGCGUUGAAAUCGUCGUCCGAACUGUCGACUCUCGCGGGUCUCGUCCCUCAAGAUGUUCUUCAGUCACUCAGCAGUGCCAGCAACAUCACCAUCCUCGCGCCCGGAAACUCGGCUUUUGAGAAAGUCAGCCCUCAGCUAUUGUCUUCUCUGACUUCCAACCAGGGCGCCAUUACUGCCCUCCUCCAGUAUCACGUCCUCAAUGGAUCGUACCCAUCUUCUGCUAUCCCAGACGAGGGCGCUUUCGUUCCUACGCUUCUGACUAACAGCUCGUACACCAACGUCACUGGCGGCCAGGUCGUCCACGCUACGACUGAAGACGACAAGGUUGUCUUCUACACUGGAAGCCUAAGCAACUCGACCGUCACCACAGCCAAUGUUAACUUCACCGGCGGUGUAAUCCACAUCAUCGACACCCUCCUCACCAUUCCUGGCUCCGUCUCCGACAUCGCCACAGCUGCAGGCCUAACCUCCGUCCGCGGCGCCCUCGUCUCCGCCAACCUGGUCCAAACCGUCGACACCACUCCCGACGUAACCAUCUUCGCACCCACCAACCAGGCCUUCCAGAACAUUGGUUCUGCCCUUCCCGGCCUCUCCACCGACGACCUCACCAAGAUCCUCACUUACCACGUGAUUGCCGGCACCGUCGGCUACUCAACCCGCCUUGCAAACGGCACCUCCAUCGCCACCGUCAACGGCGCUAAUGUAACCAUCACCGUCAACGACGAUGGCAUUUACGUCAACAACGCCGAGGUCGUUAUUGCCGACGUCCUCGUUGCCAACGGUGUCGUCCACGUCAUCGACCAGGUCCUGAACCCCAACAACACCACUGUUUCUGACAGCGAGGACGGUGUGCCCGCAUACUCGGGUGCCACCCCCGUCUCCAACGCUCCAUUUACUUCUGGCCAGCCUACUCCCUCUGCGCCUAUUGGCGGUGGUGCUGGUGCUGGAAAUGGUACUCGUCCUACCGGUACUGGCACGCCUACUGGCUCGGGGCUCCCUCAGGCUACUGCUAAUGCUGCGCCUGCGGUUGCUGUGUCUGGUGGAUUUGCUGCCCUCUUUGCCGCUGCUGCUUUCUUCUUGUAA